UUAAUUUGGAAGUCGCACCGGAUGUGGUAGGCAGGAAGAAAUAACCUACGCUGUCAUAUGUCAGCUGCGUUGGGAUUCAGUUUUUCAGUUGUUUUUGAAUAAAACCUCUUUGAACAUGACAAACGAAGGAGAUAAAAAGUCUCGGUUUUAUGCCUGCAGCUGCUUCACAACUGAUAACAUCUUCCUGGACGACUACAAGCUGCAUGUUCGCUUUGUGUCCGAACAUCAGUUCAGACUGGAGUACCAGCCACUGCUAACGAGGUUCGGCUGCGUGACGGAGCAGCAGUUUGUAGAUGUGCUUACCAAGGUUUCCCAGGAGGUGGACAGAAGAAGGCGCAUAUGUGAGACAUCGGCUGAAAGAACUGCUGCCAUUAAAAACACAUACGAGCCUCUCCAUCCUCAUGUCUACCAUCUGCAGGAGUCUUACCUGGCGCCGAAGCUCAAGCAGCUGGUUGCUUACUGCAGCAGCAGCGACGCAUGUGAAGAAGGUCUUACCGAACUGCUGGAGGACGUAGGAGCUCAGAGAGUCUACCGUCUCCCAGUGUUUGAGAAAAGCUUCUGUGAGCAGCUGGUGGAGGAGCUGGAGCACUUUGAGCAGUCAUCAGCCCCUAAAGGAAGACCCAACACCAUGAACCACUAUGGGAUUCUUCUCAAUGAGUUGGGCUUUGAUGAGGACUUCAUCACUCCUCUGAGGGAGCACUACCUGCAGCCUCUCGCCUCCCUGCUGUACCCGGACUGUGGAGGCCGCUGUCUGGACAGCCACAAAGCUUUUGUUGUCAAAUACGCCUUGAACGAAGACCUGGAUCUGAGCUAUCACUACGACAAUGCAGAGGUCACUCUUAAUGUUUCCCUGGGCAAAGAGUUCAAAGAUGGAAACCUUUUCUUUGGUGACAUGAGACAGGUGUCCAUAAGUGAGACGGAGUGCACGGAGGUUGAGCACAGGGUUAGCGAGGGCCUCCUGCACAGGGGCCAACACAUGCAUGGGGCCCUGCCCAUCUUCUGCGGCCAGCGUUGGAACCUCAUCAUCUGGAUGAGGGCCUCGCAGGAACGCAACAAGCUGUGCCCCAUGUGCAACAGGAAGCCCUCUCUGAUAGAAGCAGAUGGCUUUGCUGAUGGAUUUACAAAACAGUCUGAGUCUCAACAGAACAGCUUCUGUGAAUUAACGUGACAGUAUCCAGCUGCUGCCCGUCUUCUGUCACCCACAGGGGCUUUAGGGACACACACACAAACACUCACAUUUUCUAUACCCUAGACCUGGCCACCCCUGGUCAGCCUCUCUAGGCUUUCUGCCCAUCUGCAGUAGUCGGUCAGUGAGAAGCAGGGUACUUCAUGAAAUCUUUUUAAAGAAUCAUUUGAACUAUUUCUAAUGGAUGAUAUUUUGUAAUGUUUUUGGCUGUCAAAUAUCUAUUAAAAUGUCCAACUCUGUCAGAACUCAAACAAACAACUCUCACAUUAUGAAGCCAUCCCAGGCUUCCUUGGCUGCUAGCAGGGCCUUUCUCUAUACACAGAAUCAAUAUUAAACACAUCCAGUCAAAAACAAAACAACAUCCCAAGUGCAUGCAGAUCAGAUGAUUCCACCUUUUCAGUGUCACAUUUUCUUUUUGUGUUUGUAAUAGAAUUUUUCCAGACUGAAAUGUCUGAAACGGUUAGAUUUCCUUAUCAAAGAUCUUCUGUGAUUAUUUCAGGAUAAGUUUUAUAAGAACCUCUGUGGUUUGGUAAACAUGGUCCAAUAAGGUAAUUAAUGUUCGCCUGCAGUACAGCCUACGCAGCUGCUGAAGUUCCAGUUGAUGCUUCAUAAAAAUCCAAACCAGUCAAAAAGAAGUAGUUUAAGAAUAUCUGUACACUACUUUAGUUUCAAAUAGGUGAGUCAUUUUCAUAGGCAUGCAGAUUAUUAUUUUCUUUCUAUAAAUAAGGAAAAUCAAAGUCAAAGUUCAGAAUAAUGGAAGUUUAAUUCAACAACUCAUGGGUUUGAUGCCUGUCUCCAACGCACAUUCUGUGUCCCGUUCAUUGUCGGCCAUAUUCUCACACAUUUUAAAAUGGAAAAACACAAAUGUCAGCCUGUCAGUGGCAGCUUUUACAGGAAGUGAGCCUAUAAACACAUAACAUCA